GACGCCUGGAUGAUAGCAUCAUCAAAAACUAACUUCCUCUAAAAUUUUAAUACAUCAAAAACCGGCAGACCACUAUUCAGUUUGUUGAAACUUAAAUUAAUAUAACAAAAAAAAUCAUUAAAAUGGCUGAAAACAAAGAAAGAACUUUCAUCAUGAUCAAACCCGAUGGUGUCCAACGUGGACUUGUUGGUAAAAUCAUCCAAAGAUUUGAAGAAAAAGGCUUCAAACUCGUUGCCAUGAAGAUGGUCUGGGCAUCUGAGGAUCUCUUGAAGGAACAUUAUGCUGAUUUAUCAAAACGUCCAUUCUUCCCAAGUCUUGUUAAAUACAUGAGCUCUGGACCAGUUGUUCCAAUGGUCUGGGAAGGUCUUAAUGCUGUCAAGACUGGUCGUGUUAUGUUGGGUGAAACAAACCCAAAGGAUUCAGCACCAGGUACAAUUCGUGGUGAUUAUUGUGUCCAAGUUGGUCGUAAUAUCAUUCAUGGUUCUGAUGCUGUUGAAUCAGCAGAGAAAGAAAUUAAAUUGUGGUUUGGAGAUGAAAAGAAAUCUGAAGUUGUUGACUGGUCUGCAUGGGCAGAAAAAUGGAUCUAUGAAUAAUUUAAUUGUUCCAAAUCAAUAAACUUCCAUAAAAUGUUUUUUUUUUUCUCUUAUGACUUGUGAGUCAUCAGUCAUGAGAGAUUAAUAUGAUAUAAAAAUAAAAUCAUUGUUUUGUUUCAUUAUUUUUUUAAUGUAACAUGAUCUAUGUUAUUCAUGACAAAUAAAUAAU